AAAUAUAGCUAUAUGUGUAUUCGUACGAAUAUAUUUGAAGAGAUAUUAUCUAAUUCCUUUGAUCGGCACACACGGCUCACAUAAUACAUUUGGCAUUGGAAUUUGCACGUAUUUUCCGUGACAGUUGUCACUCGCAGCAAGAAUAUAAACAUACAAUUGACGAUGGCAGCGUUAUUUCGUAUGAAUUGCGCGCAAGGUCUGCGUAGGGGGUUAGCUCUAAUGACACCCAAGGAGACGACGGUAUAUCGCAGGAUAACAACGACACCACGAUGUUACGACAAUAGUAAAGAGCAAACGCAACCUGUCAAGAGAAAAUGGGUUAGUUAUGGUUUUGACAACGAAGACGAGGCAUUGGAUCGUCACUCCUUACAUCAGACAAUGUUUGUCGUUGUAACUAUAGUCAUUGUGCUUGGAAGCACCGUGUUUGCUUAUCUGCCUGAUGUCAGAGGCAAGGAUUGGGCGCAACGAGAAGCAUACCUGCGGCUUCGCCAUAGAGAGGAAAAUGGACUUCCUCUCAUUGAUCCCAAUCUAAUUGAUCCGUCUAAAAUAAUUCUGCCAACCGACGAGGAGUUGGGUGAUACAGAGAUCAUUAUUUAAAGAGUGUAUCGACAAUCCUGAGAACUCUGAACUUAAAGUGUCGUCACUGUCCAUCUGUAUGGAUUUAGUACUUGUUAUAAUUGAGGGUAAUAUAUAAUAAAUACUGUUUUUGCGAUUGAAAUCUUUUUAAUUUGAAGGUUGAAUUUACAAUCAUGACAUUCUUUGGCUCUUACAAUCUUUAAUUAAAAUGUGUU